AGUACAUUUCUAGCUAUCUAUUCGACACGCUUUGCAUAUUACGUUAAUACUUUGUUUGUAUCCUCUAUAUCAACCAACAGUACCUGCUUAGCUCAAGUUUGCCUAUUCGUCAAGUUUUUGUUGGAAACAGUUUCAGUUAUGCGAAAUGUCCAGUGAUGUGCGAUUUCUCAGUACAAAUACUUCGGGCUGCUGAGUUGGGCAACAUUGUAACACUAAGGGCACUACUCCCAAAGACUGAGAUAAAUGUGUCCGACCCAGAAGGCAACACGUGUCUCACCUACGCUGCUAAAGAAGGUCACGUGUCCGUAGUCAGAUUACUACUCAAACAUGGGGCUGAUCCUGACAGAGCUAACUGUUACGGCUGGACUGCUACUAUGCAGGCGUCAGCGAGUGGUCACGUGCGGUGUGUAAAGUGUUUGUUAGAGUUCGGAGCGGACAUCCUGAUCAGGAACCAGUUUAAGCAGAGUGCCCUGGUUCUGGCCGCUGCUAAGGGACACAACGACAUAGUGCAGAGUCUUAUAACCUCUCUCAACCAAUCAAGGAAAGAAGAAGAAGAAUUCAAGGAUGAGCUGUGCGAAGCUCUGUCUUACUCUGCCUAUCACGGGCAUAUUUCAACUGUUAAACUGCUCCUUCAUUUUAACGCUGAUGUAACCCGAUCAGUGCGCGGCACAGGCUGGACUGCUUUACUCUACAGUCUACUGUCUGGCGACUUGCCAACCUGCCGUACCCUGCUGGACUCCGCCUCCUCCGCUUUUGAUACUAAGAACAAUACCCUGCUCUUUCAGGUGAUCAGGUCAACUGAGUCCAAGGAGAAACGAGAGUUGAUGGCGUUAUUGUCGGAAACUUUGCCGAUUCCGGACUCUAGCAAGGCGAUAUCCCUCGCCAUUGAAAAUGGGGAUCUUGAGGCUUUACAGAGCGUGAUAGGUCUAGCAGACACUCAAAGUAACACCCUAAUGGGGGGCACCCCCCUCAUGUUUGCCUCUGUCAUGGGACAGACGGAGAUAGUGAAGUGGUUGCUGGAGGUGGGGUGCGACAUCAAUGCUCAGGACGAAAAUAACAAGUGGACGGCCCUUAUGCAAGCAGUGUUUCAUGGUCACUAUAGAGUCGUCGAGUAUCUUCUUUCAGCAG